AUGGAAGUCGUCGAUCACACCACCAUGACCAUCUCUGCCGGUUGCAAACUCGCGACCAACCUUAUCUCUCUGCUCGAUGGAGACAAGAACGCUCUUAUCUCUCCGCUCGGCGUCCAGCUGGCGCUGGCCCUCGUUCUGUCGGGCAGCGCUGCCGGCGAGACCGCAAACCAGCUCCUAACGGCCAUGGGUUUUAGCUCCGAGCUGGACCGGGAGCAAGUGGUCUCUGCCAUGAAGGAUCUGGUCGCUGACAUCAAGCACUCCGAGAAGGCUGCGUUGUCGCUGGAGAACAAAUUGUGGGUGGACACCACGCUGCCGCUCGACCCCGCGUUCACCGCGGGUCUCGCCGGCCUCGCUGCCAGGGCCUGGGCCGCCAACUGUGCCGCACUUGACCGGGAGCAGGUGGAGCUCAGCGCAUUCCUGGCCAAGAUCAACCGACCGCGCGAGCCCCCUCGCGCGUUCACCGAGACCAACGGCUUGGCGGUGAUCAACGGCGCUUGGUUCAAGGGCGAGUGGGAGAACAAGUUCCCCAGAGAGAACACCAAGGCCGCGCCCUUCCACCAGCUCGGGAGCGACGACGUCUCCAAGGCGGAGGACGUCCAGAUGAUGUGCCACCCGUCUGCGUCGGUUGCGCACGGCACCUUUGAGCACCACGCGAUGGUGAGCCUUCCCCACGAGAACUCCCUGCUGCGCCUGCUCGUCCUGCUGCCCCACGUCAACUCAGCCGAUGGCCUAGCUGCGGUGCGAGCCUCGCUGAUCAGACUGCCGGAGCAGUACAAGCAGCUUGUCGAGUAUCGGCGCAAGUGGGUCGAACUGCAGCUGCCCAAGUUCCAGGUGUCCAUCGAGCAGGAGCUCUCGCAGGUGCUCAAGUCGAUCGGCGUCGCCGUGCCGUUCGCCCAGGAGAGCGCCGACUUCACCCGCAUCACCGCGCAAGACCAGUCAGCCGACCCCGAGAGGUCGCUGCUGCACAUGGGCAAGGUGGUACACAAGGCGCGCCUCAUGGUCGACGAAGCCGGCAUCAACAUCCAUGAUGUGCCGCCAGCUGCGGUAGCCUCGGGCGACACAUUCAGCCUGCCUGCGGCCCUGCGCUUCGUUGUGGACAGGCCGUUCGUGUUUGUGCUCUACCACGCGCAGUUUCACUGCCCCGUCUUAGUGGGCCAGGUUGUUCAGCCCACUACGCUGUAG